AUGAUGAAUUAUAAUCCAUUGUUUGUUAUUGAUGAUUACCAAAUCAAUCUUGAUAGCAUCUUAGGAAAAGGGUGUUAGGGUUCAAUAUAUUCAUGCUUAAAAAUAAGCACAAAAGAGGAAAUAGUAGCAAAGAUAACUAAAGUAAAUUUUUUAAAUGCGAAUACUAUUGAGAGAGAAAUAGCAAUUGUUAACAAAAUUAAAAACUAAUAAAAUGUGUAGAAUUUAGUAAAAAUGUAUGAUAUUAUGGUUGUUGAACACAAUGGUGAAAAAAUACUUGUGGAAUUUAUGGAGAAAUGCGAUUCUGAUUUAGGAAAGUUAAUAAAAGAAUACUAAUAAAACAAUAAAUCUUUCACAUUUUAACAAGUUAUAGAUUUUGCGGGCUAAAUCAUUCGAGGAUAUUCUCACCUCAAUAAAUCAGAUAUUAUUCAUAGAGAUAUUAAACCAGAAAAUAUUUUAAUUACCAAAAUUGGGGAUAGACAUGAAUUAAAGGUAUUUCUAUUGUUUAUUUAAGAUAACUGAUUUUGGUGUUGGAAAAGUAUUAACAAAUGAUUAUGCUAUUACUAAUACUGGAACACCAAUAUAUUCUGCUCCAGAACUAACUUGCACAGAUUAGGAAUAUACUAGUAAAGCAGAUAUUUUCUCAUUAGGAGUAAUUUUAUAUUAACUUAUAUACAAUACACUUCCUUUUAAAGUUAUUGGAAAGUCUGUUUAAACUGUCAAAUAAUCUCUUCAAAAAUAACCAAUUAUUUGCCCAAAUAAAGAGGGAUUUGAGGCUUAGUUUUUGGAUUUAAUUGAUAGAAUGUUACGAUAUUCUUCCCAUGAUAGAAUUAAUUGGGAUCAAUUAGAAAAUCAUGAUUAUUUCAGAAACUACUUUCCAGAAAAUUUUCAUUAAAAUUCUUAAAAGCAAAUUAAAUAAUUGCAUGAAUACAUUAUUGCAAUUUAUUAUUAAACUUCGAAGAUAAUAUAAAUUGUGGAAAGGCUUCCAAAUGGUUUUGCAUGGUAAAAUUUAGCUAGAAUUCUAACUAAAUACAUUUUAAUUAAUUUCUAGGUUGAACUUAUACAAAUUAUCCUUUCAAUUAAAAAUAAUAGAUCUUAAUUUAAUAAAUCAAUCGUCACUGUUCCUUAACAAUAAGUUGAUUAAUAAGAGAUUCAGCAAGCCUUAGAUAGGAGUAAUAUUUUAGCCUGUUAAUCUGACAAUGAAAGUUUGAUAGAUGUAAAGAUUAUUCUUAUAAUUAGAUAUUGAAGCAGGAGAUUAAAGAGUCUCUACCUAAUUUGGAAGAUCACUUUUUCUAAGACUUUUACAACUAAUUACUUAACAUACCAGAAAAUCAGAGUUUGUUUGAUUUUUGGCAUUUGAAGUUUUAAGUUAUUUAUAAAACCUGCAUACGAUAGUGGGUAAGUAAAUAUUUGGUUAAUAAAUCAAUAACUAUAACAGAAGCAUACUUGUUAGAAAGGUUUUCUUACUUAUUAGUUGAGUAUCCUAAGACUUCCUACAGCAAUUUUCAAUAUAAUUAAAUUCAUUCAAAAAUCAUUUUAUAAAAUACUGCUCUAGAGUAUUUGUAGCAAAAGGAAUUAAUUUGAAAUAUUUUAUAUCCC